ACUUUACCGAGCAAACCGUGUCCACGUGAUUGUGUGUGUAGACCAAAGCCAUCAUGAAGUGGCAGUCUGCUUGCGCGGUGCAGUCAGGCUAAAAACAACUUUCUCGCCGGGAGUAAAGCGGAUUUUUAGCCUUUGUGUUGAUGUAGCGAGCGUUUACAGCUCCAGAGCUCAUUCGGACUGCAGCCUGUAAUCCCAUAGUUUCAGCUGGAUGCUGACAGUCGUCGGGGUGGGGCUGACGCGGGUGACUGACGACAGGAGGAGCAGGACUCGAGAGGAGGAUUAAGUCAAACCGCCUUUUAUUUGGGCUCGGUACAGCCAUGACCAAGCCCGAGUCGAAGAGAAGCAGCGUGGCCGCCUUCAGCGCCCCCGGCAAGAGCGCCACCACCGAGCAGGUCAACAACGGCUCCGUGGACUCGGGCUGUCCGGAUCAGAGCUCCUCCUCAGCGGGCAGAGCCAAGAUGGUGAAGCAGAGCUCCAAGGAGAGCCUGCACCGGAGGAACACGGAGACCGAGGUGUUUGAUGACGGGACGAACACCUUCUUCUGGCGAGCCCACACUCUGACGGUGCUGUUUAUUCUGACGUGUGCGCUGGUCUACGUUACGCUGUUGGAAGAGACUCCUCAGGACACGGCCUACAACACCAAAAGAGGCAUCGUUGCCAGCAUCCUGGUGUUUCUCUGUUUUGGAGUAACGCAGGCUAAAGACGGACCCUUCACCAGACCACACCCAGCUUACUGGCGAUUCUGGCUGUGUGUGACCGUCGUCUAUGAGCUGUUCCUCAUCUUCAUCCUGUUUCAGACGGUGCACGAUGGACGCCAGUUUAUGAAGUACAUCGACCCAAAUCUUGGGGUGCCCCUCCCUGAGCGUGACUAUGGAGGGAACUGUCUCAUAUACGACCCGGGGAACACUACCGACCCCUUUCACAACAUCUGGGAUAAGAUGGACGGAUUUGUUCCUGCUCACUUCCUGGGGUGGUAUAUCAAGACCCUGAUGAUCCGGGACUGGUGGAUGUGUAUGAUAAUCAGCGUCAUGUUUGAGUUCCUGGAGUACAGCCUGGAGCAUCAGUUGCCUAACUUUUCAGAGUGCUGGUGGGACCAUUGGAUCAUGGAUGUGUUGGUUUGCAACGGUUUGGGGAUCUACUGUGGUAUGAAGACGUUGGCCUGGUUAUCCAUGAAGCCGUACCAGUGGCAGGGCCUCUGGAACAUCCCUACAUACAAAGGGAAAAUAAAGCGAAUAGCAUUCCAGUUCACGCCAUACAGCUGGGUGAAGUUUGAGUGGAGACCAGCGUCAAGCCUUCGCCGUUGGCUCGCCGUACUGGGCAUCAUCUUCAUGUUCCUCUUGGCUGAGCUAAACACCUUCUACCUAAAGUUUGUGCUGUGGAUGCCUCCAGAACACUACCUGGUGCUGCUUCGCCUCGUCUUUUUUGUCAACGUGGGAGGCGUGGCCAUGAGGGAGAUCUAUGACUUCAUGGAUGACCCGAAGUUCCACAAGAAGCUGGGCCAGCAGGCGUGGCUGGCAGCAGCAAUAACUGUGACCGAGUUCCUCAUCGUGGUCAAGUACGACCCCAACACACUCAUGCUGCCCAUCCCCUUCUUUGUCAUGCAGUGCUGGUUCCUGGGCAUCUUCCUCAUACUGAUCUGGACCGUGUGGAGGUUUUUCAUUCGUGACAUCACACUCCGAUACAAGGAGACACGUCGGCGCAAACAGGAGACGCCUGCCGACUGGGACCACCCACUGGGCAACGGCAGCACGGCCGCCCCGUCCGGUCGGAGCAAACUGAAUGGCAGCUCCGAGAUGCUGCGUCACAGGAAGUCGUGAGGGCACGAGGUCAGAUGGGAAAUGACGUAGAAGCAAACAGAUGGACACACGUGUGCUGGGGACUCUUGUGCUAAGAGCAGUCACCGAGCUGAGGCGGGAUUUUUGGGUGUACUUACUUUUACACCACACUACAAGGACUUACCUCUGUCUUUUUUAUUAAACUAAACCGUAAAAAAGGGUUAUAGAUGUUACACUCCUGGACAAAAAUCAGCCUCUCUUGUUUGUUUGUUUAUUAAUAAUAAACACGGGGGGGGGGGGGGGGGGGUACAGCUCAGCAGCAGCUUCCAUCCCUAUAAAGAUGCUUGUUUGUGUUGCAGGUCAGGAGAGGGAGAGUUUUUGUAGCAGGAGCUGGUUUUUAGUCCACUGCUAUGCAGCCUUCAGAAUAAAAGCAUCACAUUUAGAGUUUUUAUCUCUGGCAUUCCAGUACACUAAGCCUGGUUUACACGUGGGAGGUGGUUAAAGCUUUUGUUAGUUUAGUGUUUAGUGGGAAAUCUGAAGUUUCAAGGUCCAUGUUGGGUUGGUUCUCAGAAACCUUGGUUUAACAAUCCUCAAGGAGAUUGAUCUUAUUCUAGUUGAUUUGGUGAUUUUUCACAGAAGGGGAAGUUUAAUUGGGGUCUUUUCAAAAUGGUUUAAAGGAUUUUAAACACCAGGUUCAGCUCAUUUCCUGUCAUCAGGUUCUGGAAAACCUGCGACGCAUCCUCGACAAUCACGCCGACGUUAAAAACGGAUGGGAAUGAUUCUGUUUUCGAUGCUGGAAAUGGUAAAAUGUGAUUUAAAUUGUAUGUUGAGAACUAGCGGUUUAAGCUAGCACGGCAACGACGUUAAACGCCUCACAAUCAUUGGUUACCAGCAGAAAAUGUUUCUAAAGGUUUCACCCAAACACCUCAGUUCUUCUUUCCUUUAUUUCACUUGUUUUUAAGAUUCUGAUUGCUGAGCUCCGAUUAUUAGUCUUGUCAGUUGUUCAUUUUAUUAAGAGCAGAUUUUCUUUCUCAAAUAGUAAAAAAGGCCAAAUUUUUGUGUCUAUUGUUGGAAUAUUUAGCUUUUGUGUCUGUGGGGGCUUAUGCAGACAUGCUUGGUUUGGGACUAUCAGAAAAACAAAACGCCUGUUUCCUGAAAAUUAGCAUUUAAUGUAAUUAUUGUUUUAAUCUCUUAUUAGAUCGGAUAAUACAACUCCAGUUUAGAGACUUUAGAAGGAAAUUGGCUCAAUUAGAUCAGAACCAAACAGCAUCGUCAGGGUUGGCUCGAGUCCUGCUGACGCUGCUGUAGACUUGGUUUCUUUUUUAGAACAGCCUGAAGGUUUUAGCCACCUUUCACGUUUCUUUCUGGUUUUUAUUUCCUCGUGUGAGUCCUGCUGGUUCAGACGCGGCUGUUUCCUCCUGAAUUUGUUAAAAGUUCAGAAACUGGGGAGAUGAUGUGAUGUAAAAAUAACUACAAGUUUUAAAACCAAUGAAGUCAAAAAUCAGCAGAAGUGUUUGUGUGUUUCACUCCCAGCCACAGGGGGGCGGUAGAUCUUCAGCUCUGUGCUGACACCUGGUGUAAAUGUCAUUAUCAGCCUAAUUUGUGUCGAUGUGAAAGAUCAGAUAACAGCAACACGCUGCUUCUGCAACAUUUUUUAAUGUUUUCAAUAAAAGCAACAGAAAACCUGA